AUUUGUUCAUUUGUUUUCAGUUUCAUUUCGGCUGGCAAACCUUAGGUUAAGUGGCGUGUUUACAUUUAGCUGAAAAAUAGCUUUAUUUUGACGAAUGCGUCUCUUGGGAUUCGUCGUUUUUACUUAACUAGAUCAAUGCUGGCAGCGUGAAAGCAUCUGUUUAAGAAUCUGAUUCAUCUCAAAUCAUAACAAGAAUGAAGAAACCUAAGGGUAGUUCUAAGGGUCCGAAUAAGGGCCCACCCAAAAAUAUAAGUAAGGGUCCUAAAAAGAGCCCAAACUAUCAGAAACCUAAACCUAAAGCUACACCAACAGAUGAGAUGGGGGAUGACUAUUCCUACAAAGAUAUGAACUUUGACGCACCACCUCAGAUUUCAGAGAAGUGGUACUCAUCUAUUCCAGAAGAUCCUAAGGAAUUUCCAGAAUGUCCAAUCAAUCUGGUUAACCAACUAAGAGAAGAAGCACGACUAAUGUUGGAAUCAGAGGCCAAUGGCUACAAUAUAAAAGCAAGUAAAAAUUCAGAGCAAAGCUGGAUUCGUUCUGUCAUGGCAAAAGGAACUGGUAAAGACAAAAUGGCAGCUUAUAUUCUCAUGGUUCAAGAAAAGCCCCUGUACAACAUCAAUGCACUUAGGUCCCUAAUAGGUUUUGUCAAACCAGGGAAAAAAGAGUGUGUUGCAUGCAUAGACUUAUUGGCAGAGUUAUUUGUCACUGAUUUAUUACCUCCGGACACCAAGUUAAGAAGAUUUUCACAGCACCCUCUGACAAUGCUCGAUGAGCUAAGCUCUGGAAAUCCUGCAGGACGGCGCCGACGACUAGUUGCUUGGUAUUUUGAAGACCAGCUUAAAGAGGCGUACAGAGAAUUUGUCGAUUCUCUGAGGACUAUUGCCGGGGAGGCAGUUGAAGCUAACAAGGAAAGGGCCAUUAAAGCUUUAGCAACAUUACUAGAAACCCAUCCAGAGCAAGAAGCACUUUUGUUGUCAAAUCUUGUGAACAAAAUGGGAGACCCAAGCAAAAAGGUAGCAUCUAAAGCUAUGCAUUGUCUAACAUUAGUUGUGACCAAGCACCCAAACAUGAAAGGAAUCAUAAUGGAUGAAGUUGAAAAGUUACUUUUCAGACCAAACAUUGGACAAAAGGCCCGUUAUUACAGCAUUUGUUUUUUAAGUCAAAUUAUGUUCAAGAAAGGUGAUGCUCAACUUGCUGCUAAUAUUAUUAAAAUAUAUUUUGGCUUUUUUAAAGCCUGUGUGAAAUUGGGAGAAGUAGAUUCUCGAAUGCUCAGUGUUCUCCUCACAGGAGUCAACCGAGCUUACCCAUUUGCUCGUGAGGCAAUGGAUAGCAUAGCAGAACAGUUGGAGACACUUUACAAAGUUAUUCAUAUUGCCCCAUUCCAUGUCAGCUUGCAGGGCCUCAGUCUACUCUUCCAGGUUUCAGACUAUAAAAACAAUGUAUCUGACAGGUUUUAUUCAGUACUCUAUCGUAAACUGUUGGAUCCUGCCCUGGGACAAACAUCUCAUGCCCCUAUGUUUUUAAAUCUAACCUUCCAAGCUUUGAAAAAAGAUGAGAGUAUUCCUAGGGUUAAAGCAUUUAUCAAAAGACUAUUACAGGUUUGCUGCCAUUUGCCAAUUCCUAUGAUGUGUGCUACGUUGUACAUGGUAUCGCAACUUAUUCAUCAGCGCUCUGCUUUGUCAGCAAACAGUUUAGGGUGUUCAGUGAAAGAGGAAGGGACAGAUGGCACUCAAGAGACACCAAAAGGCCUACCAGCAGCUUUCUUAGAUGAUGACUCUGAGGAUGAACACUAUGAAGAUGUACCUCUUGAGGAUGAAGAAUCUAAAAAAUUGGAAGCAAAUAGGAUGAAAAAAACCAGUAAUGAUACUGGUGGAGAGGGAAAACAGUCUGCUACAUGGGUUCAUCUGAAGGAGGAUAAAAAGAAAAUUAAAGUAGAUGGCUUUAAUCCAAUGCAGAGAAACCCAUUGUAUGCUAAUGGCCACUUGUGCUCGUACACUGAGCUCAAUGUGCUUUCUUCUCAUUUUCAUCCCACCGUUGCCUUAUUUGCCUCUCAAAUCUUGAACAAUCAAUUAAUAACUUACACAGGAGAUCCAUUGAAAGAUUUUACUCUAAUUCGUUUCUUAGAACGAUUUUCUUUCAAGAAUCCUAAAAAACAAUCAGAGACUACCUCAAACUCGCUGUUUGCCAAGCGGCAGAAUUAUUCUGUGUCAGGACUUAAGGGUGUUCCUGUUACAUCUGAUAGAUAUUUAACUCAAGAGGAAGAGAAAGUUCCUGUAGAUGAAAGAUUUCUUUUUAAAUUUUUACAGCGCAGACGUCUUGCUGCGGAAGAAAAGCACAAGGAUGAUGAAGACAGUGAUAUGGAAAGUGUGGCCAGUGAUGAGUUUGAAGAUAUGCUGGAAGAUCUCAUGAAAAAGAAGGGUUUCAAAAAGGAUAUAGAUGACGAUGAUGGUGACUUUGAUACUGAAGUUGACUUUGCUGAUGAAUACAGCAAGAACAUGUCAUCUAAGAAGUCCAAGAGGAAUAAUGAAGAUGAUGAGGAUGAUGAGAGUGAUGAAGCAGGAGACAGUAAUGAUGAUCUUGAUGAAGAUGAAGGUAUGGAUGAUGAUGAGCUUGGCGAUGAUGAUGAUAUUGAUGGUGAUGAGGAACUUGAAGGGGAGGAUGAUAUUGCUGGUGGAGAAGAUCCUGAGGGGGAUGAAGAUCUGGAUGAUUUUGAUUUUGACAAUCUGGAUGAUGAUGCGGAAGCCAUGGACUUUGAUGACUCGGAUGCGGAAAUUGAUGAACCUGGGCCUUCAAAGAGUCACAAGAAGAAGAAGGAUAUGGAUUCAGAAGUCUUUGCAUCUGCAGAGGAAUUUUCAGAAUUAUUGGAAGCUGCAGGUGCUGCUAGAGAGGGUAGUUCGUCGGCUGUCUCUAAUAAAGACAAAUCAUCACUCAAGCAGUUGAACUGGGAGGCACAAAGAGACAGGUGGGUCAAGGGCUACAAAAACUUCACUGGGGGAAAAGCGUCUGGUGGAAGACCGAAUGGCAAAGGUAAAGGCAAGGGUAAACCGCUAGGUGUCAAAAAACCUUCAUUUAAACCUAAAAAACAGAAGAAACGCUAUUGAUUUUGAGAUAUUUUAUUAAAUUAUUGAAUUUGUAAUAUCUUGCAUUUGUUAAUAACAAUGCUCUUUUUAAUGAAAUUUCUUCAUGACUUGUCCCUAUAAUAAAGUUACUUAGUUACUAAA